AAAACUAAAACUUCUUGAAACAACGUCGAAACACACGCUUGCGUGCGAAUAUUACGUAAACUUGAGUGCGGUAGACGACGAAAUCGCGAACAUGCUGGCAAAAUGUUCAUUCAUAACUCGUUUCACCUAACGACAAAGGUGUCCGCAAAUUCGUUAUUAGACGCGCGUAUUUGACUACGAUUUCGUCGAUAGUAAAAAAUUAAACGAAUAAAAAUCAACAAGUGCCUUAUUUUUCUGAUUCGAGAUUAAUCGCAAAUGAAGUGAAUUACCAAAUUUCGAUCGUGAUGAGUGUUAUUUUUCGCAUAACUCAGUGCAUUAAAAUUCCUACUGAUAAAUCAUCAUUAAUUACAAUAAAAAUGGUGACUUGAGUAUUUUUGCAAUUUCAAAAAGAAAAUAAUCACCGGUACGAAAAUGGCCGCAGGAGCACUGGCAUUAUCUCAAUUAGAAAUUUGAAUACAAAUAACAUGAAAAGGAGUUGAAACGUAAGUAGGGUCGGCGGUUGCUAUGAUUGGUGUUCCUAAUCUACGCUCUUUUGCUUCAAAUGCUACAAAUUCUAGUAGAGGUUUUCAAUGUCAUCCGGACGGAGAAGCGGAAGCAACUGUCAUACUGAGCUUAGGUUUGAUGGGAGUGAUCGCUAAUAUCAUAAUGAUGUCAUUGAUUUUAAUCAACAAGCAUCUCAGACGCUGGUCUCAAGGUUUACUAUUCCACCAAGGCGCCGUUGACUGCGGUCGAGCAGCCAUUUUAUUACCACUCGGUUCGAGUAUUCUGCACUGCGAACCGAUUCGAAAAUGCAGCCUAGUAGAAACCGCGUUCCUUCUUCUGGUGACCGUAUCGACAAUAAAUAUGCUAACUACGGUUCUCAACGACUCGCCAGUUUUUCCAGAAGACGGUAGCGACGAAAGUCUCAUUUCCGGACCAUUACUGAUGGAUUCUCCGCAAUGCGCGUUAUUCGGAACAUUCAUGAUAUGGUUCGCCAGCAUAACCAUAAACUUGGGGCCGACAUUUUUGAGCGGUGCUUUGGCAGCACGAGCUGAAAUGAUACGUAACGCUCCGAGUUGUCCUUUGGUUCAUGGUCCGUUCCGUCAUUAUAUAUUGAACGCUUUAUGGAUAUCGAUAAAUGUGAUAUGCGUCAUGUUGACAUUAUUUCACUUACAUAAAUUACACAGAGAUUUAACCAAAGCGAACGUCGAAGCUGUCAAAGUCACAGGUUUGGUAACUACUCUGGUCAACGUGACGGGCUCAAAUGCUCCUGUUAGAACCGCAGGUGCUGCAGUAAAUGCCAACGGCGGUACUGCGAAAGUAGGUGGUGUCAGAAAUGCCAUAGAAGAGCAUCGCCGCAUGCGUAAUUACUUAUUACGCAUGGAACGCGAAGGCAUCCAAAAAGUGAAAAUGUUCCUCGUGAUAACAACUGCAUAUGUCAUAUUUUGGGGACCACUGUUUUUCGUUACUUUGGCCAGACCGCCCAUUAUCUCAAGUACGGGACAUGAGGUCACUUUGCAUAUAGCUUAUCUACACGCAUUUGUAAAUCCAAUGUUGUUCAUAACGCUUCACCGAGGAUUAAGACACGCCGCCUUCAGAUUAUGUUGCGGCUUUUUGUACGACUGGGUAGCCAGCUUGUUCUCCAGACCUGUCACUCCGCCUUCGAACCAUACGCACAUACCAGCUGCCGAAGAAUCCGAUUUCGUGGUCGAAGUUCCUCAAGCUAAUUUACUCGUGCCACCACCUCCACCCCCGGUUCAUCAGCCCACCGUUCUUGCUCAACACAAUACGUCAAUUACUAAUUCACCGUAUCAUCAAUGUUUCCAGGAUGCAAACUCUACACAUCUGAACGAAGAUAUCGAAGACACGUGGGAUGACAUAAACAGGCCUAUUUCAAAGCCAUCGUGCAAUCAUACGUGUCAUCAUCAUACACCAACCAAUCUUCCACUAUAUCAACACCAGUCUUUGGCGGAUGCGGAAAUACAAUACUCCGGAUACAGCUCUGCCAGCGAAUAAACAUCGGCAUUAUGGAUUCAAUAAACUUCGUGAUCAAAUUGACCAAAAAUAUCAUAAAUUAAAGACAAGAUUUGUAUUGCAAGUAAAUAUUAAAUCCGGAUGAAAAUUCGGGAACGAUUUGGAAAUUAGAAGCUACGAGUUGAAAAAUUUGAGGAAUGAUUAUUUUUUCAAUUUGCAUUCAGGUUGAUGAUUGUUGAAGCUGGCAUUGCGCAAAUCAAUGUCGAAUUGAAAAAAGAGAGUUUACUUCAUCGAGUUGGUAAAAUUCCAAAUUGAGAAUAUUUACGUAACGAUGUUCAAAAGAUUUUUUUCGAAAAUAAUUUGAAUGAUUGAAAAUUUUUCAAGUCCCUCCAACAAUGAUUCUGCGGAACGCCCUCAUUACUGGUAAUAUUUCAUCGACACUAUGUACCUCUCCCCCCCCACCUCAUGACUGUCUUUUGCUGCAUUUCUGAUUCACGCAAGAUUUUUCAGUUUCUAUUGUAAAUCAUAUAUCACCUAAGUAAUUUAUAUUUUUGAAAUUUUAAAAUAAUACAAAGGAAAAACAGAUCUGAAACUAUUGUUAAACUAUUUUGUAGAACAAAUGUAGGAUAACAAUAAUGCUAUCACGUUUUCGAGUUGUUUUUUUUUUUAGAUGUUAGAUUUUACCAUUUUGUAAUCUUUGCUAGACAUAAAUUACAAAUACCUAGUUGAUUUUUUUCAUUACGUAUUGUUCAUUUCACAAAAAAAGUAGGUACCUCCCUAAUAAUCACAAUAAAAUAAUCAUCUAUUCAAAGUUGAAACAUACUUUGAAGAAACUUUCCAAAAAAGAAGGAAAAGAAAAAUUCCCUUCACGCCAUUUUUUCUUGAAAUGAAAUUCCAAAUUGUGGAAAAUUCUUGGAAUACGUAAAUUACCUGCCUAUCUUUUAAAAAUGCCAUUAUUGUAUGAAUUUCAAACAAAAAAAAAAUAUAUAGGUAAAUGUUUUCAAAUUUUUCAACAAAAAAAAUAAGCAUUUUAAAAUCAAAGAUUAUUCCUCCGCCUGCAUUUUUACGAGUACAUUAUAUAAAUACUUCUGUAUGUACGGCGUUUUAAAUGCCAAACAUUCAGCGCCAAAGACGAACACAGGUAAGCACAUACGUAAAUUCAGGAAUUUUCCUCGAAAAAAUAAAAAUAGCACGCAGUGGAACUCUACACAUUUUCAUCUUUUAAAUACAUGGUUCACUUUUUCAUCAUAAUUUUUACAGUUAUUAAUUUUAAAAAAUGUGAAGACAUGUUCAAAUAAAUAAUAAUGUGUUUUAUUAA